AUGUCGAACCGUUCCGACGAUUCGUUGGAUUCGCUUUUUAACUACGAGCCGAGCCGUGUAGAUGCCAAGGUGGGAGGUGUAACAGGAUCUUCCGAGGCGUCUAUCUCGCCAAGCCCUUCCAACCGUGCAUCUGAAGGUGACGAGGCGUCGAAUCGCUCCAGUCCGUCAGGCGCUCGCUCUCCAGAUGAUGAGCCGUCGGUUUCAACGAGCCGCCCUCAGGGUCCUGCUCUCGACGAAGAGGUUAAUCAUGCCGCAGUGAAAGCCGAGGAGGAAGCGUUUCUCUUUGAUCUACAAAAACCUGACCCGCCCGGUUCUACGCUCUCCUCGCCUAACUCACUCGAGGCGUUGAGAUGUCGUUUCGGGAUAUCCGAGGCAGUAGAAUUCGUCCUUCCAGAGAAGAAUUACCGAGCCGACAAACUUCCUGAGAAUCAUUUUACUCUGUACGAGGCGUUCUUUGAGCUUUGUUUUCUCUGGUUCCCGAUCUCCGGAGUUAUCCUUGAGUACCUCUGGAAACAUGGGAUCUCAAUCGGGCAGAUCACGCCGAGGGGUCUGCGGCAUAUGAUCGGUAUUCUGGUUCGAAGUUUUGAAUGCGGGCUCGAUAUUGAACUGAAUCACCUGCUAAACUUGUUGGAGAUCAGAAAAGAUCCGAAGGGAGACAGAUUUUAUAUCUCCAACAAGUCCAACCGCCAGAUCAUAGGUGGUUUUCCAAGCAAGGAUCAGUUUUGGACCGAGCGCUUCUUCUAUGUCUUGGUGAACAAGGCGUCAGUCAGCAAGGGUUACGUUCAAAAAACCAAGACCGCUUGGGGACCACUUGUUCGGAACAUUCUUUCCCCGAUUCCCGAUGACCUCUUUGUUGUUCGAGAUUCUCUUGCAGCUCGGAGAGUUAAUUGGAGGAAGCAUUUUUCAUUCGAGAGAGUGAAAAGAGCACGAGCCAUUCUUGCCGGAGUUCCUGUUAGCUCUUCGUCUUCAAAUUCCUCAUUUGACACAAGGGAGAAAAUGGUGAUCAUUACUCUUAGAGAUAAGAAAAGGCGUGAAGAAGAAGAAGCUGCGAGACGAGCUGCCGAGGCUGCGAGACGAGCCGCCGAGGCGGCUCAAACAGGGACCGAGGCUGUCCCUCAGGCCGAUCCGCCGAGCCGUGAAGGUGAAGGCACGGUCCGAGCCGCGGAGGCAAACGUUGCCGCGGCGACCGAGGAAGGAGCAGCGCCCGAGGUGGAACCGGGCGAAAUUAUUCCCGAGGCACCCAAAGAUGACUCUGCGGCACGGAGUAAAACUCCUUCAAACUCGGCUAUUCUGGCUCUUCCGAAGUCAUCGAGGCCCCCGACUUUGGCUUUACAGAAACAUGAUUCUGGCCGAAAACAUUCGGCUGCUGAUAAGGGGAAGGGCGUAGCUAUCCAAAAAGACGAGCCGUCCAAGAAGAAGCGCAAGCAGGCUCCCGGUGAUCCCGCUGCCCGCAAACUGGUCGUCGACGACCCUGACGCCUCGGCAAUAAUGUUUGCACGUGUUAACAACGCGAACACGCGUCUUCCUCCUCCUGAGAAGCUGAGGAGACCGAGGUCGUAUGGCGCGAUGGCACAGCGCGGUACCAAGUUUGUAGCGGCCUUCAACGAGCUGAUGGCUGAAUACGAGGCGGACCUAUCCAAGGUCGAACGUCGCCUGGACGAGGUUGGAACGAGACUGCGGCGGCAAAGGGGAAGCUUGAUGAGGCGAUGA